AUGGGUGCCUGGUAUACACGGCCACUCGAAUGGGUCGGCACUCGGCGAUCAAAGUCCAAGAGCCGCAAUUACUGGAAGCGAGUAAGGGCGCGUGAACGCGAGCUCCGUCGGCAGCAGAAUGGUGAGGCUACGCAUGAUAAGAAGUGGUAUUUUGAUCCGUUUAAUCGAUUGAAUACGCGGUGGAAGUGA